AUGCAGACUUUGCGGGAUUGGUCGCAGGCUCCGGCAUCAUGGUGGGACGAGAGAAAAGCAGUUCAGAUUGCUGAUCUUCAAGAUGCUCACCACAGCAGCAAGAAAAUGGACGGGUUUCCCGUCAGACUGCACAUGGUGAGUGCAGUGUGGAACGAUACCUCGCUGAACGAGCUCUUGCUCUUGACAGAGGCGUCAGACACUUGCUUGAAGCUCAGCUUUGAUCCUGCCCUGGCCAGCAUUCAGACACGUCUCCACGUCGGUAGUCGGAAAGACGGCCACGUGCGGAUGAUCCGCACCAUCACCAGACCGAUGCUGUUGGGGCUAAUCUCUGCUCGCGAAGUCGAUUCAGUUGUGCGUGACCCAGCUCCACUUCCAGAUGGAUCAAUCAUUGGCGGUGCGCUUGGCUUGCAGUCUCCAUUGCUGCUUAAAAAGAUCGAGCAAAGCCAAGCGCUGCAAAGCUUGGCAUCUCAGCCACCGUCAAGCGGUAAAACGCGAGCGAUAGACCACACCAGCGGCUACAUCUUCGAGCCUAUGGAUGCAGGUGCUCGUUCUGGAUCAGAAGCCAAGGGCAAGUGGAAGGUUUAUUACAUCCUGCUGAGUGAAGCUGGCGGCGGUGUCCCUACCUGGGCAGCAGAGAAAGGGGUGUCCAAAGCAAUAGUGGAUUGGUUUGCCUCCGCGCGCAAGGAGCAGCACAAGAUGCGAGGUGGAUGA